AUUUUCAAUGGAGGAUCCCAAACUGGGCUCAAGGCGCAUGACCUUGCGAUCUGCAAGUCGACUGAAUAUUGAAAGAAAUGGGUCAGAUAGUUCUUCUGAUACUCAUUCAAAAAUGCGCUCCAAUGGGUACAGUUCAAUGAAAUUAUGUGACAAUGAAUCAACGUUUUAUUUCAAAUUAAAAUCAAAAGAUUCAAUUGUUUCCAAUGUACCAGAUGUCUGCUCAAAACCUGUGGCUGGUAAUGGAAAAGAGAAGACAACGUCUCCGUGUGAAAUUGGACGAUAUUCGUCAUUUUAUGCGAGAUUUGAAAUUGAUAUGGAUGAUAAAGCUGAACUCAAAAAAUUGAUGAACUCGAUUCCGGAAAACUACAGUAUCCCGAUCCUGCGCAUUGUUCAGUUCGGUGAAUACAACGAUGGAAAAGAGCCCAGAAGUCUUUUGUCUUAUCGCGAAAAGAUGGCGGACGUUGACAAGUUUUCUGAUGAUUUGGUGAUCGAGCUUCUGGAUUUUUUUGUAAUGAUUCGGAGCGAUGUGGAAAUGGCCAAUAAUAAAACUGAGAAAUUGGAAACCAACGCAGAAUAUUAUGGAUUCAAAUCUUAUGAUGAUAGCUUGUAUGAUAUUCAACCAAACACCAAAAGACCUGCUCCAUUGUACAGACCAGAAGAAGUUAUUGCGUUUGAUCCAAAUUGGGGCACUCCAAACUACCCACAUGUGAUUGAAGAAGAUAAAACUAAAAAGCUAGCGAGUGCUUUACAAGAUUAUCGAACUCUGAGAGAUGCUACCCCCGAUAAGACUUUCUAUUUUGGUGAGAUUCCUACAUCUCCAAUAAAUGUGGGAACUCAUGAUGACCAGUUGUGCAACGGUAUGAAUUCAAUUUCUGGAAACACAUUGAACACCAGUUAUGAGGAAACAAGACAGCUGAAAAAUUCCGAUCAUGUGAAACAAAUUGAUCCGCAAAUGAAAGGAAAUUCAGUGGAUGCACAUAAAGGGCUCCAAUUCUCUAUGACUGUUCAAAACUCUUCUUGUUUGUCGAGUGAUGGGAACACAAGCACAGAUGAUCGUGUCAAUGCACAAUGUUUUGCUAGUUCUGGUUUUGUGAAAAGCGAGCGCCGUCGUUUGGAACAGUUGAUGGAGCAGAAACUGAAGGAGAAAAACCAAUGUGAUUACGCAAAGAAAACUCGGAACUCUUCGGCGUUGGACCACGAGUCGUCCUUUGGAUCUUGUCCACUAUCUGAUAUUCAUCCAGAGCAAAGUCACUUUGACAUUUCUCUUCUGGCAGAAAACAAGAAAGUAGAAGAAGUUUCACAGGAAACUGCAGAAAAACAAGAAGACAAACAGAUCUCUGUGACUUCAUUGGCAAGAAUGAUUGAGAGAAGUUCGAUGCCAGCUAAUCCGUACAGUAGUGCAGAUACUCAAAUGGAAGUACAUGGUUUCGACAGUUCUGUUUUUGUAGAGAGCGAAAAGCAAAAUUCGGAGCAGCGUUGUGAGCAGAUAAAGAUUGGUGAAAAAGACCGUGAAGACUCUAAUCGCAUAGUUUCUUUUGAAAUCUCACUGGACGUAGCCUCGGAUGAAAAAAUCAGUUCAUCGACUACAACACCAAAUACAUUGGCAGAAAAAUGCCAAGCAACUCUCCGGAGAGCCGCGUUUCUAUAUCCAGUUUAUCCGAAGACCAAUUCUUCUGCUUGUAUGAAUAGUCAUUCUUCUGUUGAUGUUGGUUACAAUGAACAGGAGCGUCGUCAGUUUGAACAGGCUCUUGAUGAGAAAAAGGAUGCAAAGAACCAUGAGCUAGCGUUGGAUCCCCAAAUCGACUUGUUUGAGUCUACAGACGUCGAAACUAACGAUGAUAGAUCCAUUCAAUUUUCUCGUGUAGACACCGGCUUGUUGAAGGAUUCUAACAAUUCAACAAUGAAUGGAAGAGAAAUAGAAGCCCUUGGAAUCAAGGCUCAAAAUAAUCAAAAAGAGCACCAAUGCACCCCAACCGAGUACAAAUCUCUGCUGGAUAAAUAUACCUACGAAACGGGCCCAUUGAUACCUGAUCUAGAAAUGUUGUUUGGAAAACGGUCAACAUCGACUGAAGCAACGGUUAGCACGAGUUCUCGUCCAUUGGUACCUGAUCUAGGCAUGUUGCUCGGAAAACGUUUCAAAUCUAUUGAAUCGACGGGGAGCACAAGUUCUUGCACGGACGUGCAAAAUAUUGAUGUCAUUGCCUUCGAAGAAACAAAAGCCCAACUUCGAGAAAGCCAUGGACAGAUGAAGGAAAAAGAGCGAUUGCGUAGUUUGGAUGAUCAUGGUUCUAAAGAAUCACUGAGCAAGCGUAUGGAGCAGGAGCGUAUGAAGCAGUUUUGGCAAAAAGAGAAACAUGAGAGCAGCCGUGACGAUGCGAAUGAAAACGCGUCAUUUGUACAUUCAUUGGACGUCGAGUCGAAUGUGGAUUCUUGUUCUUCGACUGGUACUCAAGAAACAUCAGAGAAAAAACGUCAAGAAAACGUUUUAGCUGUUGUUCCUUACAAUCCAAAAAAUAUUUCAACACUUGUUGAAGAUCAAUCUUCCAAUACUUUGAAGCGAAUGCUUGUGGAUACUUCUUCUGAUUUGGGCAAAGACCAACCGCCAAAAAAGAAACGAGUUCCAUCAUCAAUCUCAUUUUCGAACGCCGAAAAGACUAGAAUGGUUUUGACAACUACUUCAAACAUUGGAUCAGGAUCGUCGUCUGGAGAAGAGAUUCUGGAAAAGGAACUGAUUUAGAUCACCUAAUAUCAGGAAAAAUUAGUAAUUCAUGCUAAAUUUCACUGUCUUAUUUUAUAUCAAUUAAUUAUAAUGCUCAAGUCUCCUCUCUCCCAUUAUAUCUUAACGUUUUUUAUUUAAAUAUGUAAUUGUAUUAGGUUUAUAAUUGUAUUAGGUAUAUAAUUGUAUUAGGUUUAUAAUUUUAUUAGGUUUGUAUUAGGUUUUGUUUAUAAUUGUAUUAGGUAACUAAUCGUUUAAUUUAUUUCCAUAAUUAUUGAGAUUUCCAUAGAUUGACCACACUAAUUUUAUACUUAUUUAUUUACCAGCCGUUCGCACGCGUGUGCUCCGACUGGUGUACAGCGCCAUGCAGAUUUGUAUUUCAAUAAAUAGAUAUC